AUGGCAAGCGCCCCCCACACCUACGGCAACGAAGUCUACGCCAACGGCCUCCAAAACAUCAGACCAGCCAUCAGCUUCAACCCGCACGACUGGGAAACCCACGCCCGCGACCUCCUCUCCGCCGACAGCUACAGCUACAUCUGGGGCUCCGCCGGCCUCCGCGAAACAGACACCAACAACCGCGACGCCUUCCGCAAAUGGGCGCUCAUCCCGUCACGCCUCGUCAGCGCCGACUUCCCCUCCCUGAAAACUACAGUCCUCGGCCACGAAUACGACUACCCCAUCGCCGUCGCGCCCAUCGGCGUGCAGCGCAUCUUCCACCGCGACGGGGAGGUCGCUGCCGCAAAGGCAGCGAGCGCGCAGCACGUCCCGUAUAUCCUGAGCACGGCCUCGUCGACGAGUAUCGAGGAUGUGGCGGCGGCGAGCGGGGACGGGGCGAGGUGGUACCAGCUUUACUGGCCGCUGCGCGAGCACGAUGAGAUUACGGUGAGUUUGCUGCAGAGGGCGAAGCGCGCGGGGUAUAGAGUGUUAGUCGUCACGCUGGACACGUACAUCCUCGGCUGGCGGCCGUCGGAUCUGAAUAACGGGUAUAACCCGUUUCUGCGAGCGGACAAGAUCGGCGUCGAGCUUGGUUUCUCGGAUCCCGUGUUCCGCCAGCGGUUCAGGGAGAGGCAUGGGGUGGAGGUCGAGGAGGAUAUGGGUGCUGCGGCGGCGGAGUGGGCGCAUAUGAUCUUCCCUGGGCGGAGUCACUCGUGGGAGGAGAUUGGGUUCCUGCAGGAGCAUUGGGAUGGGCCGAUUGUGCUGAAGGGGAUUCAGAGUGUGGCGGAUGCGCGGCGGGCGGCGGAGGUCGGGGUGCAGGGAAUUGUGGUGUCGAAUCAUGGGGGCCGGCAGCAGGAUGGGGGUAUCGGGUCGCUUGAUGUCUUGCCGGAGAUUGUGGACGCGGUGGGGGACCGGCUGGAGGUGCUGUUCGAUUCGGGGGCCCGGGGUGGUGCGGAUGUCGCUAAAGCGCUGGCGCUCGGGGCGAAAAUGGUGCUGAUCGGGCGGCCGUAUGCGUAUGGGCUAGCGAUUGCGGGUGAGGCUGGGGUUUCGCAUGUUCUACGGAGUAUCUUUGCGGAUCUGGAUCUCACGCUGCACCUGGGGGGUAUCAAAUCGGUGUCUCCUCAGCAUCUCAAUCGGUCAGUCUUGCGUCGAGUGAGGUAG